AUGGAUUUCCACCAACAACAACUUAAUUGGAAAAACUUUGAGGCUUUUCAAAAAAAACUAAAUGAUGACAGUGACGAAGAUGAUGAGGAAGAAGAGUUUAAUAAUAUCCAGUAUUUACAGGAUGAAGAUUUGUUUGUCGAUAGUCUAUUCAAAUACAAACCAAGUUAUAUUUACAAUAAAAUAGCACAACUAAUUAGUAAUGGGGAGUUAGAAACAUUCGAAAAGUUAAAGCAAACAUACAGCGAUUCAACUUCAAGAUCCAUUUGUGGGAAAGUUUGGAAAGGAAAUUCUCAUAUUUAUAAAUGUUUAGACUGUCAAAUUGAUGAAAACUGUGCUAUAUGCGUUGACUGCUUUGAAGAAGAUAAACAUAUUGGACAUCGAUAUAGACUCAUACCAUCGGCAAAUGGGUGUUGUGAUUGUGGUGAUCUAAGUGCUUGGAAAAAAGAGGGUUGCUGCUCGUUACAUGUAAAGAGAGAAAAAGAAAGUGAUGAUAAAAAUAAACUAUUACCAGUAAAAACAGUUGAUAUUUUAGUUAAUUUGGUUUUGAAAAAACUUUUAAAAGAAAUUACUAAACCUCAAUAUACAAAAAAAGCAGACUCUAUUAUCGAGGUAUUGAAUCAAUUCAUAGAUGUUUUUGGUGAUCAGUUUACAAUGCUUUUGGGUAAUUCAAUUAUUGAAACAGGUGACCAACAUUCAAGACAGAAAGUUUUAAAAUCAUUUUGCGAAUUUACAUCAAAACCGGAAUCAAACUUGGAAAAGUUUAUAAUUUCAUUAUUCAUAUGCAGCGAAUUCAGAGAUAUGUUGGCAUUAUCAAUGACUGAAGCUUUUGAUAACGAAAAAUACGAUUCAAAUUUAUCUGUUCAAUUAUUCACUGUAGAUUCAACUGCUUUAAAAAUUGUUUCAACAAACAAAUUUAAACAUAUUGUAAAUAAUUUUUAUAAAUCGAUUUACAAUACAAGAGGUUCAGUUAAUAAUAAUAAUAAUAUUAAUAACAAUAACAAUAACAAUAACAAUAACAAUAACAAUAACAAUAACAAUAACAAUAACAAUAACAAUAACAAUAACAAUAAUAAUAACAAUAAUACAGAUAACAAUAGUUUGGAUAUUUUAAAAACUUCAUUAUCAAAUUCUACAGAAAAUUUAGAACAACAACAACAAGAAAAACACAAUCAACAUUUAUUUAGUUUAUUAAAUAAUGAUUCAAUUAAUGUCAAUCCAUUUGAGUAUUUUCAAAGAGUCAAUCCAAUAAAUCCCUACCUAUUAAAAACCAAUUAUUUCAAGCCAAUGGUUUCAAUUUCUUAUAUACUCAGAACCAAAUCAAGUUUCCUUUGGUUAUUAAAGAAUCCCAAUCUUUUAUUAAGAUGCUUUGACGCAUUGGGAUUAACAGAGUCCAUGAAUCCAAAUACUCGUUUAACAACAAGCCAUAUCGAAUUUGAUGAUCCAUCUUGGAGAACCUGUUUAUCUUUAGAGUUUUCAAUACAAAGAAAUAUAAUAAGAUCAAUUUUUAAACAAAUGGAAGAUAAUUAUCAAAUGGUCACAGAGAAUGAGGCUAUAGUGAUAAGAGAUCAUAUUUUAAAUAGAAUUCUUCAAUUUUACCAAGCAAGUGGAUCCUAUGAUAAAAGCAAUAAAUGGAAAAAGGGCAUUAAAGAACAAAUAAUACCAGAAUAUAGAGUUUCAAAGCAACCUGUUUCAAUACAUAUCCCACUCCAUCGUGCCCUCUUCAAAAUACUACACUUCCAAUCAAUAUAUUUUAAACGUUCACCAAGAGAGAUAUUAAAGUCUAUUUCAUCAUCACCAUACUUUGAAUCUAUUCUCAUCGAACAUAUUCUCAGAACAUUGGUAUUAUCAUACCAAUAUAAAGCUGGUAUGUGGGUAAGAAAUGGGGAUUCAAUAGCCAAUCAAAUUGCCAAUUAUCAGCAUGGAUCAUGCGAUUUAAAUUCAACAGAUGUUUAUUUACUUCAAUAUGUUGUAUUAUCAAUGGAUACCAAACAAUUCUAUUCACAAAUAUUAGAUCGUAGUGAAUUAUCGUCCUGGUUUGUUUUGGAUGGCUAUGUUAAUGAUGAAAAUAAUUCUUCACCAUUGUUUUUAUCAAAAUUAAAUAAACUUUUUAAUAAUGAUGCAGUUGGUACCAAUAAUAAUAAUAAUCAUCCAUUAUUAAAUAUGAACCAUUCAAGACAUAGAUCUGAAUCUGACCGUUCAAGUACUUCAGUGGCAGAAAGAUUUUUGGAAUCAAUUAUUUGGUUAGUUGUUGAUCGUGCAAAAUUAUCAAAUCUUUCACCAGAAAAAUUAUUACGUAAAGAAUUAAUCCAUAUUUUGGCGAUAAGACCACAGACAUACUCUGAAUUGUAUCCACAAGUUUCUGAUGAGUUUGGUGAAUCAAAUGAAUUGGAUGAUACCCUUCAAGAGAUUUCAGUUUAUCAAAGUGCAACAACUACCGAAGCUGGUAAAUAUCGUUUGAAAACUGAAAUUUGGAAGGAAUGGAAUUACUUUAAUCCUCAUUAUUUAAAGAAUGAACAGCAAAAAUCCGAAGAAAAUUUCCAUGCCCAUUGUAGAAAAGAAAAAAUUGAAAAUAUACAUGCCAAACCCCUUGUACCUCUAGAAAAACCAUUAGAAAUGUUUAAAGGAAUUGAAAUAAUUCUUCAUUCAGAAAUCCUUCAUACAAUUCUCUUUAGUGUUAUUUAUAAUAAUUUAUCAGGCUCAAUUAAAACUUCAGAUUCAUUGCUAUCCUCAUCUCUCUAUUUAUUAUAUCUUUCAUUAGAAACCUACAAAGAAAAUAAACUAAAUCGCCAACAAAGAGAAAAAGAGGUAAAACCAAAUAAGAACCAAAAAUAUGUAAAUUUAAAUAAUAUAAUUAAUGAUAUAGUUCCUAAUAAUUUCAAUCAACAAAAUACAGUAUUAUCACCACCUCCACCAAAAUCAUCAUCACCACCUAAAUCAUCAUCGCCACCAAAGUCAUCAGGAUUUUUCAAUUCAUCAUUCCAAAUGAAAUCAUCAUCACCACCAAAAUCAUCAUCACCACCAAAGUCAAUGAUUUCAUCCUAUCAAAACAAUGUAUCAACACCAAUUAGCAUUGCAAAAUCUCUUGGCCUUGUUUCAUCCAAACCACAACAUGAUAUUUUAGAUAUUGGUCUUACUAGUGAUGAUAUUUUGAAGAAUCUUGUCCAACCAGUCAAACAGGCAACAACAUUCCUAGGCUCUCCAAAUACUAUAACAUUUAUUUCCAUGCUUAAUCAAAUGAACUCAUUAUCAAAAUUUGAAACACACCAUCCAUUAAUUUCAAAAAUUUUAAAUCAUGAAAUAUUAGAAAAUUUAAAUAAUUCUAGCAUAAACUCAAGUAGUGAAGGUUUAUCAAAAUCACCAUUAUCAACCCCAUUGAACGGUGAAGCAGCAUCAAAUCAAAUGAAAGAAAUUGCAAUGAAAAAACAAAUGGAAAUGAUGAGAUUAAUGAAAGAGCAACAAAAGAAGUUUAUUAAAAAUAAUGAAUUUGAUGAUUAUGAAGAUGAUGAUCAAGAAGAUAGUGACCAAAAUGACGAUGACCAAGAUGAUAGCGAUGAAGAAUAUUACAGCGAUACCAAUGACGAUAGUAUGGUAGAUUCAAAUAAAGAGCUAUUCUAUUUCGAACAAGAUGAGGCUUCUUCAGAUUUAGGUAAUUGUGUAAUGUGCAGGGAUGUACUAAGUGUUAAUAAAACUACAAACAACAUUGGCUAUAUUGGUAAUUUACACAAAUACUCUUUAUUAUCAUACAUACCAUUACUUUCAUGCGAUCCAUCCGUUUCUCAAGAGAACAGAAGAAUCGAAAAGAUUUUUCAAUCCAAAGCACCAAAUAAAGAAUUUGAUGACUCUUUAUCAAUCGAUAUGAACGAUACCGAUGCACCUUUUAUCAACUAUUGUUCUCAUCUCAUCCAUAUUGGUUGUAUAGAUAGUUUAAUCGAGGGUAAUCAUAAUGGUCAAUCAAGGGUAAGAGAUCCACUGAAGUUACAAAGUUUCCAAUGUCCAGUUUGCAGAGGUCCUUCCAAUAUUGUUGUUCCAUUUUCAAAACAAAGAAUUUCAACAAUUAAACUAACCCAAUAUUUAAAACAAACUAAAUCUAAACAAAAAGCACUUGGACAACCAAUCGAAGAACCAGAACAGAAUUUUAUUAAACAGCAAUUUAAUAAUUGGUUACAAUCAGUAUUGGAAUGUAAAAAUUUAGACACCUCCUCACCAAUGAAUACCGAACAAGAACAACAAAAAUAUGAUAAUUUCAUUAUACUUAUUUACCAAAAUUCAACCAUUAGCAAAUCAAAUAUUGAUCAAAUUGAACAUUUUUGGAAUAUAUUUAACUCCUCUAUUUCGGCAUAUGAAAUUUCAAAAAGAAAGAAUGGCUUUGAUUUAAAUAGUUUUAAAUUAAUUAGAAAACCAUUUAAUAAUUUAAUAAAGAAAUGUGUCGAACAGUCAUCCAACAACCUUGAACAGAGAAUAUAUGACCUUCAACAACUAGUUAAUAUUCUAUCAAAUACCUUUAAAGACUCUGUUAAAUUUAUUAAAUUAGAUAUGUUUGGUUUGUUUACAAGAUUCUAUUUUUCAAAUGAAUCAUUAUUUACUUUAAGAAGCAAUAUGGAUAAUGGUAUUAAGAUUCCAAACUCACCAAUUUCAUUUUUAAUCUCGUUAUUCUUUAUUGGCACAUUAUUACAAUCCAUCAUUUAUCACUAUAAAUUUAAUAAUUUGGAAAAAAUUUUAGAAUUUUUUAAUUCAAACGAUAAUUGUUUGGCAAAUUUAGACCAAGAAAUUAAAAGAAUUUGUUUGUCAUUUUUAAGAAGAAUUUGCUAUUUUAUAAUAUGUAUUGAUACCAGCAUCGAUCAUGCAGAAAAUAUUAAUAAUAAUAAUAAUAGUAAUCAACUUGAUACAGAAUUUGAAACAUUAUUAAAAUUAAUAAAGAGAUCAAGUGGUGCAGAUUUAUCAAUAGACUCAAUUAUAUUUAGAAAUCCAGUGGUAAACAAAUUAAUUGGCGAAUAUUGGUUAUCCCCAACAAAUAUAAACUUGGAUAUCCCAAAUAUCCACCAAUUAAAUCUUCCAUUAAGAAGUUGGAAAGAAUUUUCAAUCAAAACAGAGCUACCACAAGAUUAUUUGAAAUUCUUUUUAGAAAACACCACAAAGAAGAAUUGCUCAGAAUGUGAUAAUAAAAAUGGUACAGUAAAAUUAAUCAUUGAUGACCAUCGUUCAGGUAAAAUCGUUAUCGAAUUAAUCGGUCGUAUCAACAAAUGUGGUGUCAUCUCACCAAGAUUCGACGUUACCCUCGAUGAAAUCGAAAAAUGGGCCAGUUAUUUAUUACCAUCCCGUCAAUUCGGUCAUAUCGUCCUUACCACCUCACUUGGUAUCAUGGAUCAUGAAGAAUGUAAGAAGAGUCACACUGGUGGUAAACUCCUCUGUUUCUUCUAUUAA